UGUUGACUGAGCACGGGAUAUUGAUAAACGACGUACUGUGAGCGUGUAACAAACUACGUAAGUGUUACACAUUGACAUUACCAACAAUGCUUGACAGUUCCACUGAAAAGCGGACGUUCGUCUUUGGUUCUGCAACAUUCAUUAGCUGGGCUGUGACUUCGUUCCUUUGCCACCAGUCUACCUAUCUCUUCUUGGGAACAUCCGCCAACGUCCAAGAGAAUGGGGUUUUAUGGGCGUUUAUCAUUACACUAUGUCAGGUUACCAUGUGCUGUCUGCUAACCGACCUACGUCUCUGGCACCCACGUUCAACAGAGGCCAAAAAGAUAAUAUGGGUGAAAGUUUCCUGUCACACGUUGGCUACCAUGGCAACAAACUACAGCAUGACGAUGGUACAUGCAUCGUCAACAUUCGCCAUAAAGCUCCUGGAACCAGUAACCAGUGCCAUUAUUCAGCGUCUGGCUUUAGGAACAUCUGUACCACCCUCCGCCUAUAUUACUCUUCCUAUCAUCAUAGGAGGUGCUGUUGGUUUCUGUGGAAAUUCCUUUAACACGCCUUUGACAGCUGCUGGUAUUGCCGUGGCCUUCAUGUCCAACCUAAUCCUGGCCUUCAGAAACGUGGCUAUCAAACUGGAACAGAAGGACUCUUCGACUUCAAACAUCCAGCUGAGACCAAAGCGAUUUGUCUUCAGCAUUGCAGGUGUUUGUGUUGCCUUGGCUGUUGGCACUAACUACCUUACUUCACAAAAACGUCUGUCAACAUUGUUCUUAUUCCUGGUUAACACAGGACUGUGCUCCAGCGUCUUCCACGUCAUCUACUCCUACAUCUCCACCAACGUCGUGCUUCUCUACAUGUCUGUAGUCAGUCACUCUGUCGCCAACAUCUUUAAGAGGGUUCUCGUUGUGCUGAUGCUUUAUUCAGCAGGACAAAGGGAGGCAACCCUUUGGUUUAACUAUCUAUGUCUUGGCCAAAAAGAACACGCCCUCUCCUCCAUUAUUAGUCUACCAACAAAAUUCGUUGGAAGACGUUUACUGGGACUUUCCUUUCUCUGUUUCUGUGCUAUCAUUGUGAGACCCUUCAUCGGCACAAACAACAGCAACAUCCACGAUGUAUAUCGAUACUUUAUACCAGGGAGUAUUUCAAAAUGUAAUGAGUUCUUAGGGAAAUCAUUUGAAGGACAUGCAUUUUCGAAGUAUAUCCCGGACUUUUCCACAAACACGCCCAGGGUAGGAGACAUUCUCCAAAGAAAACUAAUCCUGACUCCAGAAGAAACGGAUACACUUUCUCCAACUCUGACAUCGUCCAUUGCCGUCAUAAGGGAGGCGCAGAGAAUUCAUUUCAACUUGUUUUCUGAUUUACUAUCUCCUUACAAAUAUGCAAUACUAUUGGACAUCGCUUCUUUUGAAAACAAAGGUGACCCUGCUAUAACAACGGGCGAGGUGUAUCUUCUGAGACGCCUGGGUAUACAACUUCUGUAUUACUGUAACUUUUAUGCUUGUACCAACAAGAAUCUUAACUAUGCCAAGAACCAGACUUCUGGCUAUUCCCCCAAGGACCUGGUUGUGUUAAUUCACGGAGGUGGGAACCUCGUGGGGUAUUCUUCAAAUGAUAGACUACGCCAACAGAUAUUCCAAAGGUUUUCAAACUUUAAGAUGGUGUUGUUUCCUCAGAGCAUAUUUCUGAGGAAACAUUCUGAAAAACAUCUUGAAUUUUGUAAGAAAUUGUACACAAAUCAAGGGAACUUCACUAUGAUACUUAGAGACAGGCAAUCUUUAGGAUACGCAAAAACUUACUUCAAAGGUAAACCCACACUAAUGAUGGCUCCAGACAUGGCCUUUCAGAUUGGUGCUGUUCCAAGAUUUAUCUCCCCUUCUUUUGAUAUUUUGUGGUUGAAGCGUUCAGACGAGGAGACUCCUGGAUAUGUAUUACCAAAACUUCCACCAGGGGUUACUGUACACUGUUCAGAUUGGUGGGGUUGGAAAACACCAAAAGGAAAGACGACAAUGGAAACUGCUUUCCUGAUGGCCAAUAAUGGUUUGAUAUUUCUCCAGCGAGGUCGUGUGGUCAUUACAGACAGAUUACAUGGACAUAUUCUGUGCACCUUACUGGACAUUCCUCACGUGUUAAUUGACAACUCAUACCGGAAGUUAUCUUCAUAUCACAACACCUGGACACGUGGUCUGGCGAACACAGUGAUUGCUGACAACGCCUCACACGCCCUGGACCUAGCUGUGGAAUUGUUGCAGAAAUAUGGUGACGCUCUGGCUCCUAUUGCUCCAUACAUGGAUGUGGCAGAGAAGAGCACAUCCCACUCAUAG